AUGUGGCUGAUACCCAACCCCUUAAGAUACCUCUGGCACAGGUAUUUAUCAGAUGAAUACCCUGUCUUUCCCCCACCAAAGCCCGAGGAACUCCUCGCUCGCCCCAACGCCUACCGUGAACGCCUCUUCCAACGCGCCUAUCGGACCCCUAAAGACAAGCUCGAAGACAACCCACUAUUUUCCCUAUAUCGACUUUACGAGCACUUGGUUCUAAACGAUAAUAUCGGUUUGCGAAACGAAAUCGAAUAUUUCUGGUACACAAAGUGGCCGAUUGCCUCGAUUCCUGAUCCACACGACUCCUCCGAAUCUCGCUACGCGGUUCUAUCUGCUAUCCCAGGGUUAUUGGUCGAGUCAUUCAACCAGCGUAUCGAAUUAGGUCUACCACGGAAAGCCGACCCCAUCAUGUCGCGGGAAGAAAUAGAGCAGUACCAAAAGGAGGAGAGAAUAUUCGAGUCGGUCCCAGAGUGGACGGAGCAGGUGGCGCGGCUGGAAGAUACCCUAGUCAUCCCACAUGAUAACGAUGAGGUUCUUGAAUCGUUUGAGGACGAAAGGGCUAGCGGCCAGCUAGCAGCGAAGAACAUCCUGCAUUGGCAACCGCAUAUUCAUUUUAUCUGA